AUGGCAGCCCUAGCUCCAGCUGCACCUUUCUCUCUACUCGCCUCCCUCCCGGCUUCCCCAUCACCGCCUCACGCGACCGCCAUCUCUUCCGCACGGCCGCCACGCCUCCUUCUCCGCCUUCCCGAACAAGACCCGUCCGACACCCCUCGCAACCCGUUCAAACGCAAAUGGAAAUCCUUCGUCAACCUCUUCGCACUCCCCAUCCGAACCUACUACCUUGAACCACCCGGCGGUGCAUACCGCGCAGAACUACAAGCUAGAAGAGCAGCAGAUGACGAAAUGGUGCUGUUCAAGGCUCAAGAAGAAGCCGAGGCGCUAGCUGCUCAACAGCAGCAAGACCAGGCGCAAGAAGAGGAGGACGGGGAUGUAGAAAGGGAAGAAGAACCCGCUUCCUCAGCAGCAGCCGAGUCUUCACCCGAAUAUGAAGCUUCCAAUCCGUUCUCCAUUCCACAAGCAAGAAGGGGAACCAAUGUCAUACCGUCCUUUGGCAAUGGUACACCUAUGUUGCGACACGUGUCAACACCUCUCACCCCCACGCCCUUCUCUACUUCCCCGCCAACAAGAACAAUGCGGCAGAGGAGCAGAGCACAAUCUUCCGCAACAGGAACUCGCCCAACAAUUGGAGCAAGGAACAUCUCAGAACCACUGAGCUGGACUUUGGUUCGUUCGCAGUACUCCUUUCCGAAGCGAGGAUUGACUGCGGAACAGUUGAGCUUUUUGAGCUCGGUGGAGAGUCUGGGCAGGUUGGGUGUCCCGCACACUCCCACUGGUGCAGCUGUUCCAGCGGAAAUCCGUUUUCCCUCGCCUGCGUACGAGGUCAGAGGGGAAGAGAGAGGAGAGUACGGAUUUCCGAUCGUUUAA